AUGACUUCCAGCGACGCCCCCCCUCAUACCCCUCAACGCUCUGACCAGCCACCUCGUCCUCUUCCUUCCAUGCCUGACGACGCGGGCAACAAGCAGAUUCACGAGCCCAUCCCCGCGGCAUACUUCUACAAAAACGACAAACCGCACGGAUCGUCGCGCACGACUUACGUCCCGCCCACAGUAGUCUCCGAAGUGCCUUAUCGCUCCCCUCCACCGACGUUCUAUGCGUUUAACGAGCCGCAGGACGACGAGCCCAUACCGGAACUGGUCUCCGCACCGGACAGCACUUCGUGGGGGAACGACAGUUGGGGAGAACAAAACACGUGGGUACCCACCGAGCAAGUCUGGGAAAGCUCUAACUGGGGCAGCUCGAACACCGCUCGGAAGAUCAUCAUCGAGGGCCGGAGCAACGACGAGGAACUACGCUGGUUCGACGCGGAGCUGCGCGCGCGGUGUGAGCGUCCCGGCCCGGGCGUGCUGCCCCCCGUGCUCUCGGACAUACUGCACGACCCGGAGCACACGCUGUACUCGGUGAGCGUCGCGCAGCCGCUGCCGAUGACCAUGAGCCCGCAGGCGCCGACCGCGGACGAGGUGCGCACGGCGAUCCCGCACCCGCACGCGUACUACUGCCGCGAGCACAACGGGUGGGUGCUCAUCCUGUGGCGCUCGUCGAGCGUGCUGCCCCCGCUGGAGCGCCCGCUGGAGCUCCCGGACAUGGCGCGGCGGAAGAAGACGAGCCGGUGCGUGGGCGGAGAGCAGCCGUUCGGGCAGGCGAACACGACCCACCAUUGGCAUACUUACGAGCGCGCGGUGGAUGCGCGGAAGUUGAAUCCGCCGUUCCACGGCGAGGACGAGGUGCUAUUGGACUUGCACGUGUGCUGCCAGUGUUCAAUGUACUGCAUGUCGUCGGACGUCAUCCCAGGAGUGAUUCCGGUCACGCUUGUGGAGGAGUUGACGAGGGACAAGCUCGCGCAUCCGACCCUGGGUCGAACGCCGAAGGCGAGCGUCCUGACGGGCUGGGAGACAGUACUCACCAUCAUCGAGAACCGGCUGUGGAAAGGCGAGGUACGCAUUCUUCCCGUGACGCGCCCGCGCUUCCAGAGCAAAAUCGGUUGGAACGCGACUAUCAAGGACGUGUUCGCUGCGGUCGAAUUUCUCGCUCAUACAAUGCACGACUCGCCAACCGAGGAGAUCGCGCUGAGUCCGCCAGAGAUAGAGCCGUCGACGCCCGAAGGUAAGCACACCCGCGCCAAGCUACUGCGGGCGUGGAUAGAGGUUGGCGCAUGGCUGGCCGUCUACAAUAAGUCAUCAAAGGACGGCCUCGGCGAAUAUAAACCCCUGCCCUUGCAUGUGAACGUGGACAGCAGUGCCCGCGAGGAAUACCAAACAGCAAUUGGAGCCCACGUUAGCCAGAUCCCUCGCGGCCUUCUCCAUGAUAGUCUUCUUGGCGUAGAUGCGCUCGAUCCAUCGUGGAGAGCGCUCGGCAUGACGCCUUCGUCAUACUCGUGGGAGUUACUGGCGUUCGCGUAUCUUGCUCAAUGCCGAUGUGAUCCCGCGCACACGAUGUUCUAUUACACUCACCUGUCUCACAUCGUUCUUACGAUGCACGACUCUGGAGGAGGGGUCACGACGGAGCUGCAGUCCCUCCUUCUCGAGGAGCGCGAGCGCAACCGCUAUACCCUCCAGGAUUUCAUCGACGCCGGAGCGACGCUCGGGUUUGGAAAGGAAAACGAGCUCGGUAUGGAGCUCGAUGCGGACGUGGAUGAUACCUUCGUAUUGGAGGCGUGGCGAGACAAGCGCAAGCGCGCGUGGAAGGAAGGGGAUAGAGCCGUGGAGAUCCGGAGGAACCUCAACGAUGCGUUGCACAUCAUCGCGGAUGAUAGAGCCAGUGCUGUGUUGCAGAAGGCGUGGGAGGAGGAGCGCGGCAGCGGCAUGUCUCCCGAGGCUGCGUAUUCAACACUUGAGGUGCCGAGGGACAUGGAUGAAACAAUGCUUCUCACCGUGUUCAAUAUGCGGGUCGAAGACCAGCCAAGCCAGGGUGACAGGAUGCGCGAAGCGUUGACUGUAAUAGCGGAAGUGACUGAGAGUGAGCGGUUGCGCCAGUUCCUUGCGACUGGUCGAGAUCCGGGCGAUUCAACAUUAAGUACGGCGCCGGAGAUGCCUCGCGGCCUCAAUCAGCUUGGAAACACUUGCUAUCUGAACUCUCUGCUACAGUACUUUUAUACCAUUAAGGACCUACGCGACGCAAUCACGCCAUUGGUAAAUACUGACGUGAAAUCGCUAGAUGAUAGUAAGGUAACCGACGACGAUCUGAAACGUCACCGAGUUGGAGGGAGAUUGGUGACACGGAGAGAGAUUCUCCGCUCCAAGAAGUUCGUGGGCCAGCUGGCGGACUUAUUCUGGAAUCUGGAGUAUUGCGAAGUACCUGCGGUGACUCCGACAAUCGAUCUCGCGAAGCUCGCACUCGUAACUUCGCAAGACGAGGAAGAGGAUGAUCAGGAUCAUGAACGGACGGGCACCGACUCCUCGAACGAUACAGACGCCACUCUUGUCGAGGAUGCCCCAGGACCGCGCUCGACGUACGACCGGUCGUCAAAUUCACCGCCUCCUCUCACCUGCUCGGACAGUAUCCUGGGCAAGCGCCCUCGCGAUACAGCCUCGAGCAUGGACGUCGAUGCCUCUUCGCUCAGUCCACAGACGGUGGACUCUCCGGUCCACUCUCCUACCACGGUGGAUCCGCGGAUGCUGACACAACCAUAUGAAUCCGUAGCAUCGUCUUCGAAGCUCCAGCCGCCUGAACAGACUGGCGAUGUCGAGAUGCGGGAUGAAACUGAACCGUUCGCUGGUCCUAAGGCCCCGCCUUUACCUCCUCGGAAACCACGCCCAGUAGACGACUCCGUGAUGAUGUUUGGUCGACAGCAUGAUGUAUCGGAGUGCAUGGAUAACUGUAUAUUCCAGAUCGAGACCGCUUUGUUGGACUUCCAGGAAAUGGCCAAUGCGGAGGAGGACAAGACAAGUAUCGUCAAACGGUUAUUCUACGGCAAGAAAAGGCAACGUUUGACGCCGCUGAAUCCAUCCGACGACACGCGGCACAAGUCGUCCAUCCAUGAGAAGGAGGAUCUUUUCUCGCAUUUGCACAUCAACGUCUCGGGAGACGGGUUUGACCUGUAUGACGGAUUGAGCAGAUAUUUCGACGACGUUGUAGAGCUGGAUGGGCAGAAGAAGAGGAUGGCAGUGUCUCUUGUAGACGUCCCUCCACUGUUGCAGAUCCAGUUGCAGCGAGCUCAAUUCGAUCGCGAAACGCAACAGGCUUACAAAUCACAAGCCUAUGUCAAGUUUGGCGAGACGAUCUAUAUGGAUCGCUUCUUGGAAAGUGCAGACCCAGAGAAGAAGGUUCGGGCCAAAGCUAUUGAAGCGAGCUUAACAGCAUCGCGAGAUCGGCUUCAGAGAUUGACUCAGGACAAGCAUGCACCGUUUGCUCCCGCUCUGGGAAGCGUCGCAGACUUCCUAGCAGCACAGGACAUUCUACAGUUACCAGAGGUUGAUGAAGACCUAGCAACGAGGUUGCGAAAUGAACAGAGUUCCGUCACGGCUCAAAUCGACAGCGAGCGAAAUAAUGCCGUGCAGCUCAAGGCCCAGCUAGAAGAUGUCUGGAAGAAUGACACGUCUGCCGCGUACGAACUUACCACCGUCUUUAUCCACCGCGGCUCUUCUCCGUCGUGGGGCCACUACUUCCUUUAUUCCCGCCACUUACCCGAUAAUCCCGACAAAUGGUUCAAAUACAAUGACUCGGACGUGAGCAUCGUCUCGAAAGACGAGGUCCUUACGGAUACUACCAGCUCUACCGCCAAUCCAUACAUGCUCGUCUUCGCUCGUAGGGACUGCGAGGCGAUUGAGACUGUCCAUAGAUUUAAUCCGGAAACUUUACAAGACGGAUAG